GCCCAGCCCAGUCUGUCUUGGGAACCCAAGACGCGCCAAACCAGGUUAAUUAUACCAUAACUAUCGAAUCUACCACCGGAAUCCGUCCACGUCGUGUCCCCGCUGAUCCUCUUCGCGGCACGCACCCUGACGUGUCGAGAGGUUGAUUCGCGUCGUUGGCCAUUUGAGCGGAUCGGACUGCGGACACCCAUGCGGUAUACUAGCAUGCUGCUAUCGCCGCAUUUUCACGUCUUUCGCAAUCAUCAUGCCGGUUCUGUGAUGGGUGUCCCUGUCUGGUGUUGAUGCACCACCCACUACCAGCCUCUGCAGCUUGGACCAACAGAGUGCCAAUUUCUGAACGCGGUUUAGACUGUUCCAAAGGUGGUGUUUUUCUUGAUGCUCUGGUAUGUCUCGCUGCGCUACUGCACCGUCCAUAUAUUUGUAGAGGAAUCUAUCUGCAUUGCGUUCUUGUUACGCCGCUUUGUCGUGCAGCCUGUCAUCUCAUGUUGCUCACUAACCUUGUCAUCGAUGCUCGGAUACAUGGAAUUUCCUUGCCAGGCCUGCAUGUUUCGUUCGACAAGGCGACACGGCCCGCCCGCAAAUGGUGUCAAACGAAGCUCUGCAAGCUGUCACAAAAGUCUUUUUCGGUAGCGGUCGUAAGUGGCGCGCGCGAAGCUGGCAACGUGAGCUCCAACAGGGGACGGCUUACAUCAGCGCACGGCACCAGCCCACACCAGCCCACACCAGCCGCCGCUUCCAUCGUUUCCGGCGAUCAUCAUCCCCCACUACGGUGACCUUACCUUGCCACUAGUAAAACUAGGUAGGUACCUACCUAGGUAGUUAGUAGCUUCGCGCCCAAGAACCCAAGAGACGAGGCGCAGAAUGUCGACACGUCGCAGGCCAUUCAUUGCCAUUG